UUGAGACGGGAUGGAGAGCUUUCUGGCUACGGCAGCCGAGAAGUUCGGGCUCGGAAAAACUUGGCUUCACAGCACGUGGAACUGUUAUUUCCCGACCGAAAGUCUAAAUGCCAAUUCGAGGACUUGUACAAUUACAAAGUCUCCGUUGUGACAACUCCAAUUCCGAAUAGAAUGGCGCCUGAUGAAGCCCUCAAAUCUGCCAAGUCAUCUCAAGAUGAGCUUGCAGUUAUCUCGAACCGUCUUGCCAUCGCAAUGGCAAAGCGGGAAGCACUCGUCAAGUCCUGGACAGCCUCAUCCUCGCGCACCGAGCCAGAGAAGACCCAGGAGGAGCUAGAUGCCGAAGAUGCUGCUCUUUUCCAAAGCGCACCACCAUAUCUCGGGGUAGGAGCUGCAAUACCUGCCCACUUUCUCGCCAACGAAUCCGAACGGGGCAAGAAAGCUCUUCGUGCCAAACUGCUCACUACCAAAGGCCUGAAAGCUAGCAAGGCUCGAGAUGUGGAGGAAAAAGCUGCAAGUGCGAAGCGGGCAAUGAGGGAAGAAAGUAGCGACGAAGAGGAAGGUCGUUCUAGCUUGGGAAGGGCGAAGAAACUCAAGGGUCGCCCAAAGCCAGCAUCCGUCCUGGUAGCUAAGCAGGAAGCUGGUUCCGACUCAGACGAAGACGAACGAAAGCAUCUAAUGAAUGCCAAGAAACGCAAGUUGGAGGUUGAGGAGGAAGAGCCCAAAACAAAAGUCACCAAUGCUGGCACACAAAACAAGAAGAUCAGUCGAGUGCAGAAAGGACAGAGCCCACAGUCUGGCGAUACGGAGAAGGACCAGAUGCAGGAUGUUGACUCGAGUGAAGUUGAUGACACUGGAAUUGACGAGCCAAAGAGAAGUCUCACGGAAAAGAUGAACCAAACGAAACCCAAGGACCCAAAAAGCCUGGCUGAGGAUUCCAGCCAGAAAGAGGUCGCCGCAGGUUCGAAGAAGGAGGAUGGCAUGGACGCCAAGGAGCGGAGGAAAUUGAAGAAGAAAGAGAAGAAAAGGUUGAAGAAGCUGAGAGAGGCAAAAUUGGCUACCAAAGCUUAGGAGAUUGUUUGUUUGCAUUAUAUCCAGGACGCACUGAAGGAAAGCUACAAUACCAGCCAAAAUAUCCGGUUCGAGUCAACACGACUUGCGGCGAAUAGAUCAGGAAUUUUUCCAAUCCCAAUUCCAAAUGUUCUCUUUCGGGACUGUUCCCACCUCCCAUUUCCUUUUGCUGAGUCUGUUGCUCCUUCAGCUUUUUGUGCAAUGUGAAUAAUACUCCCGUUUGCUUCCAUGAGUACUCGGCUCCCCAGAAUCCUCAUUAAACGAGCAUAGUCUCCACGAACACCAGGAAACCUCAAAAUGCUAGAUGAGAAGAAUGGCCUUGUGCAGGUGUAUAUGGCCACCUAUGCCACAUAUUCCAUGAUGUGGUGAAAUCAGAACAAGAAAGGCUUUGCGACGACUGGUGUCUGGAAGGAUGUCAGUGCGGUGUAUUGAAAAUGGAAAGAGAACAGCUGUUGGAGAACAUGAGUGGUUGGGCAAGGAGUAACUGGAGGUUGACAGAGUAUUGUAAGGGGUCGACGAGGAAUUAUGUCCAAGCAGUGAAGAUGCCGACGCCACCGGGG